CAUCUUCGAAGACGCUUCUUUGAUUUUUGAGGACAUGCAUUCCUUCGCCAACAUUAUGGAUCUUGAAGACCUACAGGUUCCUACGUUUUCUCAGACAACAAGACAAAACUUUCUCAGUGGAUCAGAUCCAAGUAGACAUUGUCGUGUCGUUGUUGGUAAUCUCCAUCCAGCUCUUACUGAAUCCGGUCUUAAGGAAUUUUUCACUAUUGCUGGUCCCGUUAAGAGAUGCAAUGUUAUUCACAAUGAUAAGUCACAUGGUUAUGUUGUCUUUGAGAAUCAUCAAUCAGCAAUCAUUGCUAUUGGAGUUCUGAAUGGAGCUUCUUUGUUAGGUAAGAGCUUAAUAGUUAGCUGGCCACAACCUACAAAUCCGCAGGAGGGCCAAACAACCAGCUACUACUAUGUUACUGUCGGUGAGCUUAUGCCAGAGAUUACUGGCGAUGUGUUAUAUGCGUACUUCUCUGUUUACGACAGUUGUGUUGAGGCAAAGGUCCUUAUGGAUGCAAACUCUCAGCCAUUGGGUGCUGCUUUGGUUUCUUUCCGUAGCCAACAGCAUGCUUAUAGGGCAGCACAUGAAUUGAACGGUACAUUGCUCGAGGGUAGACAAAUUCUCUGCGCUUUGGAUCAAUCGACUGCUGCACCAUGCAGCGCUGCUCAUUCUUACAAUAUACACCAUUUUUCCGGAUUAUCUUCACCUGAACUACCAGUAACACCAUUCAAUGUCGAAGAUGAGGAACAAAUGGAUCCACAGUUCAGCCUUAUACAUGUUUCCAAACUUAAUCCCGGCGUCACAGAAAAGCUCCUGUGGACCUUCUUCAACGAUCUUGGUGCCGGAAUGAUCGAAAGCUGUCAGGUUGUGCAGGGCAUGAACUGCGCGUUCGUAAGGUACAGCAGUCAGUACGAAGCAGCGGUAGCUAUUCUGAAAGGAUGCUGCGGAAGGUUCUUCGGGGCAACAAUCAAGUGUCAAUGGUUUGAGAGGCCUACUCCGACACUGCGUCGGAGAGGCCUGGUGCCCCCCGAGCUCACAGCGAUGUUAGCAUCAGCACGAGUGCGUGCACAUCGCCUUUUGAAGGCUCACCUUCGGCAAGCCGGACACUGAACUCGUCGUUGUCGUCGACAGCAGGUCAGGUAAUGUGGUGUACACACUAAAAUUAAUUGGGCCCGGUAUUAGUACAGCCUGAGUCCUAAGGUUGGCGACACAGCAGAAGAUCCACAGCAAUGAGUUAUCAUACAGACCUUCAAUGACUUAGCCGGCAAAAACACUUGAGGUUCGAGAUUCAUCGGAAGGUCCAGAUCACCGAGUGGACCUGCGAUCCCAACUAACCCAAUGACCCAGCUGGCGAAAGCCCUCAAGAUUCGUAGCCCAGCCAAAGGUUCAGAUCAGCGAGUGAGCCUACGGAUCCGACUAAUCCAAUGAUCCAACUGGCGGAAAUCCUCGAGAUUUGCGGCCCAAUAAAGUUAGAUCAGCGAGUGGGCUGUAGACCCAACUAGCCCAAUGAUCUAGCUUGCAGCUGGUGCUCAAUCAAUGGAUGAAAGAUGAUAGAAAUGAAAGUUGUUGAAGGAAAAUUAAGGAUAAAAUUUUAUCCAAAAGAAAUUCAAAAAAUAACAACAUUUAUAGAAGAAAAUCAAGAAGCAGAAAGAGACGCCAUUCAAAUUCAUCAAUCCUUAUUUUUCCUAAUUUUCUCUGCAUUAUUUUUGUGUA